UUCUGAAAAUAAGUUUCUUCUGUAUGAAUUUUAUGUCAAACAAAUUCCUUUUGAGUAAAGUUUAUCUGUUCAAAAUUUUAUCUUUCUAGAACAACAUUUGCGAGAGAUAUUUAGAAAAAAAAUUAUAAAGAUUUUUUGGAUCACCCUGUACUUAUCUAUCUUGAAUAGAAGUCUAGAUAUUUGCCAUUGAAAGAGGCGUGGGUCACCUGGUUCCAGCGGUGGAAUUAGCUUGAAAAUAGCCGCUAAAGUUUAGGGACUUUCAUAGCUUGAGAGUUCUUGAACACUGAUAAUGUACAUAUACUUGUGUACAUUUUAAAAGUAAAAUUCACAUAGCAAUAUGCUUUUAAAUAGACGUAAAAAAAUGAUAAAAAUUGAUUGACUUGCGGAAAAUGCUGUUUUCUUCGAUUUCGUUAUUUUGACGAGCACCUGAUUUCACCACGAUGUCUCACAAAUAAAUAAAUUGUUGCGAUCACAUGUCUCUGUUGUUGUUCUGAGGAGAAGAGCUUUUAUUCUCCACAGUGUUCUCGUCUUUCAUACCGGUGUUGGGGACAAAACUUGCACAGUUUGACGAUGGAACCUACUCAGAACACCACGGCCAGAGCAGAACUGCCUGGUCCUCAGGAUGCCAAAGCUAUUCUGGAGGAUGUAUUAGCUAAGGUCCAGGGAAUUAAUCUGGAUUCCUUUCGCGAUUCAUCGUCCAAAAAGUUGGACAUUUCAAAGACAAUGGAGAUUCUUGACCUUUUAGGCCAAAUUGAACAAUGCACGAGCAGAGUGAGAGAUAGUUUAAGAGAGCGGCCUAAAGUGAUCCCUUCAAAAAGUCGUCGUUCUUUGUCUCGUCGACCAGUCUCUACGAAAUACGAUAUUUUGGACGAUGACGGUGACUACGAUGACGAAGAUAAAACCGUCGUUCAUGACCCGACGCCUGUGCAGGGGAGUGGGACGAGGGAUGGAGAUCAUAGGCCCUCAAUACAUCUGAAUGAGGUUCCCAUGAGGGAUGGUAAUGGGAGAGGCAGUAAAUGUGUGGACAGUGGAAUAAACUCAUACAUUCCGACCAUCGCCGCCUGAAGAGUUCUCGCCUUUGAAGCAGGCAGAGGAAUACAGCGAGCAGGACGAACGCAAUGAUGACCCUGCCAGGCUGACCUAGAUCUAGCUUAACUCUUUCACUCCCAGGCUCGUUCAGAAAUCCUGUAAAGGCCCGAGAUAGUUCUGGGAUAAACAGUGAAAGGGUUAAGACGGACCAGGAGAGACGCAGGCCUUGAUGAAGCCACGGGGAGGGACACAGCAUACUCUACGUGUGAUCUAAUAUUAAAAUGUGUAGUUUUGACUGAUCUGUCAGGAUCUGCUUUUAUUAUAGUUUUUAUUGUUCUAAAUCUGAAUACCUUCCAAGUAUCUCACUUUCAUUUAUAUUAUUGUACGUAGUCCUGAGUUUAACAACGACAAAAACGUUUUUUAGAAUGUUGUUUUUUUUUAAAAUUUCUUAACCUUCAUUUUAAGAUACGACCAAUCAGUGUUUUGUCUGUAGAUAGCAUCAUUUAACAUUCCGAAGUUAGAGUUUCUUUUAGAAACGAUGGAAUCUGUUUUGAUUCAAUAACGUAUUCUUUGUAGUGUUAGGCAGCAAUACUGGCAUUCAUUUUUUGGGUCUCUUUUUCCCCCCUUUUUUUCUUUUUCUUUUCUUUCUAUUCUCUUCUCUUUUAAGAUAGUACUCUUGUAUGUCUGUGCAAGAAAGUAUGUAGCAUGAACUGUGUUUACGAUAUAACCAUGACAAAUUAACAAAAGAUUAGAUUGAAUAUUUUGAUGACACUUUUUACUGUCUUUUUACGCUCGGUCUAAUGAAUUUCCCAAUUCAUGAGUUUUAAAGGUGAAGGCUAAUGAUGUUUAUGUAUUCUUCUUAUUUAUUAACUUUUUGUUUGUUUGUUUGCUUUUUUAUAUUCCGCACUAAUUCCUUUCUCUUUCAGGUUAAGCAGUGUAAGAAUCUUUACCUAUAAAUAUUGACAAAGAGUAGAUUAUGCAAGAUACUGCGGAGGUUUUCUUGUUGUUAAUCAAUCGUAGAAGUACAGAAGACUUUAACUUAAGUAAACCAAAAUAGGGCACCUAUUGUCCAAGCAAUUGUUUAAUUCUCGCGCACCAGUUUAAAAAAAA